AUGGAUGCAAGUCGUUCUUUAUUGGAUCUUUUACGACCUAAUCCGUGUUCAAAAGAGCGAAAUAAUCAGGGAUCUGUAGGACCAUCAAAGGGGAUUAGUGAUGUUCAGAGUAAUUUUUUGUCGAUAUUGAUGGGGAAGCCUGGAGAUGCACUUGACAAAUCAGGAUCUUUGUCUCUUAAGCCGGCGUUUCAGCCGGAAUAUAUCUCUAGUUUCAUUGAAUCGAAGAAUGAGGGUUUGUUGAAAGAUGUGGUUAAGAAGGAGCGUUCUGUGUCUGCAUCUGAGCGUCCUGUAAAUGUAUCUGGUACUACAGCUGCACCUAGUGUAGACAGGAGUGUUUCUGCGACUGUUUCUCCAUCAGCUGCAUCACCUGGUGUUUCGUCGUCUGCAGUGUCAAUGACUCCAUCUCAGAAUGGUCUUUUGUCGAUUCUUUUAACUGACGUUCCACCUUCUGAUGUUUCUGUGCCUUUAGUUUCAUCAACGGGUGAUGUAUCUUCCAAUGCAUGGACAGUGGGUACACCCGUAAGUGGAGGAUCAUUAGGUGCUUCUGCAACUGUGCCUGCUGCUGCACCGUUGACUGCAACAGCUCCUGUUGCAUCUUCUACGUCUAUUGGGACACUACCGAUAAAUGAGAAAACACCAAAAACAUUGUUUGCUACGACUAACAUUUUUGAUCAGUUGUCUGUUACAAAUCCUAGAAUGUCUGAUUUAAAACCAAAAAAAAUACUCAAAGCGCCUCCUAGGACGAAUGAAUCUGGUGUUCCUAAGCUUGAAGGAGAAUCUAUUCCUGUAAAAAAUCUUGCUGAUCAUUCUUCGGUUCAAAAAAUCAAUUUAAAAAAAGACUAUGAUCUUGGAAAGCCUCAUGGCGUUCGAAGGAUUAUUUUUCCAGAUGCACCUUUCCUGAGACUAGUGAUACCGCUUGCAAAAAACUUGGGGUUUUGCGAUAAAAUCGAAUUGUCAGAAAUUGCUCGAUUGACUAUAACAUUUGAUUCAUUAAAUAAUCACACAAUUGAUGCCGAUAAAAAUUAUUUGGCUUACGCUAUACCUAAGGAUGGAAAUUUGCGUCUUAUGAAUCAAGACGAUGGUUCUCAUAUUUUAUUAACAGGUCAACUUGGAUCGAAAAUACAUGAUAUAUCGUUUUCUAAAUAUGCUAUAAAUCCUGAUAAUAUUACUUAUCUUAUGAGUACAAAUUCAAAUGGUGGAGUUAUUAUAUGGAACAUUCUGAAAACGUCAUUCAAUAAUCCUUCUAAAUCUGUUAAAAUGGUUUUUCGAUUUAAUGGAGAACAUUCUAUGUCUAAUACAGAAAUAAGAGCUAAAUUUUGUCCAAUACCAAAUAUUGUUGCUAUUAAGCUUUUGAAUCGUAUAUACUUUUUUAAGUUUAGUCAUGAUCGGUUUGAAGAGCUUCAAAGAUAUGAAAUUUCUCUUUCAAAUGCUAAUAUUGGUUUUAUUGUUGCAGAGAAAUAUAUUGAGGAUUUUUCGUUUUCUCCUGAUGGGAGAGUUCUUGUUACGAUUCAUGAGGAUGGGACUGCCGAAUUAUGGACUGUUUACGAACAUAUAGAACAUAGCAUUAAGUUCGUUAUAUCUGCACCUUUGCUUUCAUAUGCUGUUUCUAAUGAGCCUUUGUGCUGGGUUUCUUUCAUAGGUUUAAAACAGCCAGGUGUUCUUUCUAAACAUCUUGUAUUUGGUUUGAGGAAUAAUAAGAAAUUAUAUCUUUUGGAUUUAGAUUCUGGUUUAAUCUCUCAGGAGCUUGUUUUAACUGGAAAUAGUGAAAAUAGUAAUUCCGAAGUCUCUUCUGUUGCUUUAUAUGAUAGUGAUUCACAAAAUUUAAUUGUUAAUGAUCAUUUUGGUUUUCUAUAUCGAUUUCAUUAUAAUAAUAAAGAUUUGGAUACAUCUAUGACGCAAGAUUCUUAUAUUAAAUCUUUGGUUUCUAAAAAUACUACUAUUGAUGCUUCUUCUAAAAAUUGGUCCCUUUUUGAUAGUUUUUAUGUAUUUAGUUUUGUUUCGAAAAGGAUUCUUCAUAAUUUUAAUGUUGUAUCUAUAAAUGAUUCGACUUUGGAUUUAUUUGCUGCACAUGAUAAGGGUUAUACAAUUCUACAUCUUCCUAAUUUAGAACAAGAAAUAGCAAAAGAGGAAUUGAGUGAAUCGAAUAUAAAUAUGUAUACGCCUCAAAGUAUAGUUAUAAGUGAUAGUAGUAAUGAUGUUGUAAAGCCUGUGAAUCAUAAUAAAGAAAUUUCAACUGAACAAAAAAUUUCUUCUGAUACUAGGUUCCAGAAUGCUCAGGAUCUGAAACAGGAGACUGUUAGAAUUAAUAAAAGGAAAAAAUUAAAAAAUGAUGAUAUUUCUUCUGUGAAUAAAAAAGAAAUUAAUGAUAUUGGUGAAUCUUCUGAAUUGAAUUUCUCACUCGGUGCAUUAAAUAUUAAUGACAAUUCUUUCAAUACAUUUGAUCAAGUAAAUUUGAAAAAAUUUAUUAAAGUUUUUAUUUCUACUGAGUUUAAUAAGCAAAGCAAAAAAAUUGAGGAAAUUAUAGCUCAGAGGGAUGAAGUCAGAGUAAAUCAAGAGAAGUUAUUGCUGCAAGUUUUUGAAAAUUUAAAUAAUAAUAUGAAAGAAUUAAUAGAAAAAAAUGUUUCUUUGUCAGUAAAGAAUAAUAUCUUACCUAUUAUUAAUAAAUUCUCUUCAACUACUGAUAGACAACCGACACAAUUAAUGUCGUAUAUAAAAAAAUUAAGUCAUGAAUUAGCUGCAGAAAUUCAUAAUACUUAUAUGAAAUCUAUGGAUAAAACAUGUUUAGCUCGGGAUAUAUCUGAAAAUCUUGAAAAGGUACUUGUUAAGGGGUUAAGUUCUGAAAUGGAGUCUUUUAUAAAAGGAGUUAUUAUUCAAUUAGAAAAUUCUUUUUUUCAGAAAAUAGCUCAAAUAGAAAACAAAUACGAUGAAAAAAUAGAUUUUCUAUUAAAAUACAUCUGUGAAGAAAGAAAGAAGGAUCUUUCUAAUAUUGAGGUCUUACUAAAAAAUGUUUCAUCAUUAGAAAUGCAUGUUUCUAGUUUGUUAUUUAAAAUGAAUUUAGAUAAAUCUGAUAUGGGUUUAGAAAAUACUUCAAAAUCUUUAGGAGAUUUUCAUAAAUCUAAAGAAGAAGUUAUGUCAUCAGUUAAAGAUUUGCUAGCCAAAUCUUAUUAUAAUGAUGUUUUAGCGAUUUGGGCUCAAUCUCCGUAUAAGGAUGAAUUAUUUGAUAUUUAUGUUACUAUAGAUCCUAAAGUUAUGUUAGCCAAUGCUAGUUAUAUUAUUUUGUUUUCAGUAGCUAAUACAUUAUCCGAAAUGAUGGAUGAUAUUGAUGACCCAUUGAUGGAAAAGAAAUUGCAAUGGUUAGAACUUUGUUUCAAAUUACUGAUGGGCAUGGAGAGUCAUCAUUUUUCAGGAAUUACUUCGAAAAUACUCAUUUUGAUUGAAAAUAGAAUGGAUAAUUUGUAUGAACGGCUGCGUCAGGUUGUUCCUAGAGUUUCUUAUUCACGAAUUGUCUUGUCUAUUCUUCAUUUUGCUAGUGAACUUAGACAAUUUUUUAAUGAAUAA